AAGUGCACCCCUCCAUGACUCCACACACACUUCGAAGCCGCGGAACAUCUGUAACAUCACUAUGUCUGAGAAAGAAGCCGAAGGCGGAUUUUAAGUGAAACCUAAAAGUUGUAUCAGGCAAAGAUCACCUGAUUCCAGCAAAUAUGGAAGGAAAACUCACUUGUGACCAGUGUGGGAAGACCUACACCCACAUGCAUCACUUGAAGACACACCUACGCAUCCACAGUGGAGAAAGACCAUAUGAGUGUGACCAGUGUGGGAAGACUUUCACCGAAGCAUCUACCCUUAGGACACACCUUCGCAUCCACAAUGGCCAAAGACCAUAUCACUGUGAACAGUGUGGGAAGACUUUCACCCAGAUGAGUAACCUUAAGUCACACCUACGCAACCACAGUGGAGAAAGACCACAUGAGUGUGAACAGUGUGGGAAAACAUACGCCCACAUGAGUAGCCUUAAAAACCACCUUCGCAACCACAGUGGAGAAAGACCAUAUGACUGUGAACAGUGUGGGAAAACUUUCAUCCACAUGAAUAACCUUAAGGUACACAUGCGUGUCCACAGUGGAGCAAGACCUUAUCACUGUGCCCAGUGUGGGAAGACUUUCCCACAUUUGAAUGGGCUUAAGGCACACCUACGCAUCCACAGUGGAGAAAGACCAUAUGACUGUGAUCAGUGUGGGAAGACUUUCACCCAGAUGAGUAGUCUUGAGUCACACCUACGCACCCAUAGUGGACAAAGACCAUAUCACUGUGAACAGUGUGGGAAGAGUUUCAUCCAUGUGAAUAACCUUAAGGUACACAUGCGUGUCCACAGUGGACAAAGACCAUAUCAUUGUGAACAAUGUGGGAAGACUUUCAUCCACGUGAAUAACCUUAAGAGACACCUACACAUCCACAGUGGAGAAAGACCAUAUGACUGUAAACAGUGUGGGAAGACUUUCAACCAGAUGAGUAACCUUAAGACACACCUACGCAUCCACAGUGGAGAAAGACCACAUGAGUGUGACCAGUGUGGGAAGACUUUCAACCAGAUGAGUAACUUUAAGACACACCUACGCAUCCACAACAGAGAAAGACCAUAUUCGUGUGAAGAGUGUGGAAAGGCUUUCACCGCCAGGAGUAACUUCAAGAAACACCUACACAUCCACAGUGGAGAAAGACCAUAUGACUGUGAACAGUGUGGGAAGACUUUCACCCAGAUGAGUAACCUUAAGGCACACCUACGCAUCCACAGUGGACAAAAACCAUAUCACUGCGAACAGUGUGGGAAGACUUUCACCCAGAUGUUUGUCCUUAAGUCACACCUACGCAUCCACAGUGGACAAAGACCAUAUGACUGUGAACAGUGUGGGAAGACUUUCACCCAGAUGAGUAACCUUAAGACACACCUACGCAUCCACAGUGGACAAAGACCAUAUUACUGUGAACAGUGUGGGAAGACUUUCACCCAGAUGAGUAGCCUUAAGACACACAUACGCAUCCACAGUGAACAAACACCAUUUGAGUGUGAUCAGUGUGGGAAGACUUUCACCCAAGCGUCUACUCUUAGGACACACCUACACAUCCACAGUGGAGAAAGACCAUAUUCAUGUGAGGAGUGUGGAAAGGCUUUUAUCACCAGGAGUUACUUUAAGAAACACCUACGCAUCCACAGUGGAGAAAGACCAUAUGCAUGUGGCCAGUGUGGGAAGACAUUCACCCAGAUGCUUGUCCUUAAGUCACACCUACGCAUCCACAGUGGACAAAGACCAUAUGACUGUGAACAGUGUGGGAAGACUUUCACCCAGAUGACUAGCCUGAAGAUACACCUACGCAUCCACAGUGGAGAAAGACCAUAUAACUGUGAAAAGUGUGGGAAGACUUUCACCCAGAUGAAUCACCUUAAGUCACACACACACACACCUGCAGUGGACAAAGACCUUAUCACAGGCGCACCUACGCAUCCAUAGAGGAAAAAAACACAGAAACAGUUUGAGUGUUACCAAUGUGAACAAAGAUUCUUGCCACACUCUGCUCUCUCCUACCAUCAACACAGAUGUGAAUCAUUGUCUGGACCAAACAGUACUUCAGCAUCAGAUGACAACAAGAAACACAUUGUGUGAACCAGCAGCACUGACUUCUUCUGACAAAAAACAUCAAACUUAAAAACCUCUAGAUCUGGCUCUAUAGAGUCCAGAUAUAAGGCACACCUAUGCACCCACAGAGGAGAAAAACAAACCACUGUGACCGGUGUGGGAAGGCUUUCAGAGCCUUGUCUGCAUGAUGUUCUCACUGUCAUGUUCACCACAAGAACUUGAUGUACCCAUGUGAUAAGUGCACCAAGAUCCUCUGGUCGUCCAACUUUCACAAGUGUCACCAACAGACUCAUACUGGACAGAAACCUUACCAGUGCAUAUUUUGUGACAGAUCUUUUAUCACAGGUUAAUAAUGUACCAAAGAAGAAUGUGCCCAAACUUUCCACAAAGGACACAAACUGAACAUACUGCUACUUAUUGACUUUGUGGACAUUUAAUCAGUCACUUGUUGUGAUUCUGUUGCUGGUUGAGGUGCUCACCUGUUCAUUGUUCACAAAUGAAACCAGCUACUCCUGUAACAAUUUUCCACAAUUGUUCUGUGCAGUUUA